AUGUCGCUUUUAUCUUUAACAUCUAUGUUCUCAGCAAAUCAGAAGAAAACUUGCGAUAAAGGAACACAAACAGAAUUCGAAUAUCAGUUACCAGAAAUCGAGAAAAUGCAAUCGAUUAUUAAAGAUCUCUGUUCCAAAAUAGAAACUUUAGAGAGUCAGCUGAAAACAAAGGCAUCUGAAACAUUAUCAAUGGAUUCUUUUGAGAAAGAUUCUGAUACCUCGAGUGAUUAUUCCAUUCGUCGUCGUAAACGCAAAAGAACCAGCACAAAAUCCUCAACAUUUGUCGAGUCAGACUUUGAAGAUAAAUCAGGCGUCAGGAAACAAUUUAAUUCCUCUGAUCCAGACUUUAAAAUUCAUAAAGAAGAAACACCACUAAAACGACUAUUGAAAGCAAAAGAUAUGAACAAACUUACGAGCAAUGGCGAAAUGGUUUCAUUAGGCGACGGAAAUGCAUUAGUACCGGCAAGAUUAAUUAAAUAUAUGGAUUGGUCGUCAUAUACCAAUGUCACCCGAAAAUUAUUGACUGCAGUAUUUUCUCGAAAAGUGCUAGCAACCCAUUCGUUAACCGGUAAACCGUCUCCGGCAUUUCCAAAUAAGCCUCCAAAGAAGAAAUUAGAUCCAGCACUGGUGUAUGACAUUGUACAGACUGUUGUUGAAAAGUGUAGUGUCCCAGAGAACGUUGUAAGAACAAGUAUAACCACGAAAUGUGCAGAUGAGAGUAAAAUGCUUCGGAGUCGUCAGAAAAAUCUCUCUAAAAAGAAAGCCGUAAAAAAAGAAAACAUAUCACCGUCAGAAGAUUCAGCAGAUGACUCUUAUUCGGAUUAGAAGUUUAUAUAAAGGCUUUAUUAAGAAUAGAUUGGAGUAAAACUAACAAGAAAUGAAAUUGGCAAAAAAGAAGUAUUAAAAUUUAUUUUAUUUGUGAUAAAAUUAGUAAACUGUGAUAAUUUAAAAUGCAAAAGCGACAUUUUAUACGUUUCUUAUCUUUUUAUUAGUGUAAUAUUGGUGCUAACAA